AGGAGGAGGAGGAGGAGGAAGGAGAGAGCAUCAGCACAGUCCUCCCAGUCUCUCCUCUUUUCACGCGCACUCCCACUCUGCAUGGAACAAUCCUUCCUUCACUGCUUCUAAAUGGACAUUUCUGUGGCAGCGUUUCACCACUGAAGACAGCAGCUGCUGCCGCUCCACUCCACAAGCUCCUUCAUGCUGGAUUUUAAAAAAAAGUGAGGAGAGGAGAGGAACAGGGGGAGAUCUCUGAACAUGAGUGAGGAAGCUAAGGAGAAAGCAGGCGGCGGGAAAGCAGCCCAUCGCAAGAAGAAAGGCAAAAAGUCUGACAGUAAUGCCAGUUACCUGCGAGCUGCCCGGGCAGGGAACCUUGAAAAGGUCCUCGACUACCUCAAAUCUGGGGUUGAAAUUAACAUUUGCAAUCAGAAUGGUCUGAACGCUCUUCACCUAGCCUCCAAGGAGGGGCACGUAGAGGUUGUUGCUGAGCUGCUGAAGCUCGGAGCCACUGUGGAUGCAGCCACAAAGAAAGGAAACACUGCUCUGCACAUAGCCUCGCUGGCUGGUCAAACGGAAGUCGUCAAAGAGCUGGUCACUAAUGGAGCCAAUGUCAACGCACAGUCUCAGAAUGGCUUCACUCCUCUGUACAUGGCAGCCCAGGAGAAUCACUUGGAGGUCGUACGGUUCCUUCUGGAGAACAGCGCCAGUCAGAGUAUGGCCACUGAGGAUGGCUUCACCCCUCUGGCGGUGGCCCUCCAGCAGGGCCAUGACCAGGUGGUCUCCCUGCUACUGGAGAACGAUACAAAGGGCAAGGUACGCCUGCCUGCCCUGCACAUCGCCGCCCGCAAGGAUGACACCAAGGCCGCGGCCCUGCUCCUGCAGAACGACCACAACGCGGAUGUUGAGUCUAAGAGUGGUUUCACCCCCCUCCACAUCGCGGCUCAUUAUGGCAACAUCAACGUGGCCACACUCCUGCUGAACCGAGGGGCUGCUGUGGACUUCAUGGCUCGGAAUGACAUAACACCACUUCAUGUGGCAGCAAAAAGGGGCAACAGCAACAUGGUCAAGCUGCUGCUGGACAGAGGGUCCAAAAUUGAUGCAAAGACCAAGGACGGUCUGACUCCUCUUCAUUGUGGGGCGAGGAGUGGACACGAGCAGGUGGUAGAAAUCCUACUAGACCGAGGAGCACCUAUCCUAUCCAAGACCAAGAACGGCCUGUCACCGCUCCACAUGGCCACUCAGGGGGACCACCUGAACUGCGUCCAGCUACUGCUCCAGCAUGAUGUGCCUGUAGAUGACGUUACCAACGACUACCUAACGGCGCUGCACGUAGCUGCCCACUGCGGUCACUACAAGGUGGCAAAGCUCAUCGUGGACAAGAAGGCCAACCCAAAUGCCAAGGCCCUGAACGGUUUCACUCCACUUCACAUUGCCUGCAAGAAGAACAGAGUCAAAGUGAUGGAGCUGUUGCUUAAACAUGGAGCGUCUAUUCAGGCUGUCACUGAGUCUGGCCUGACACCCAUCCAUGUGGCAGCAUUCAUGGGCCAUGAGAACAUUGUCCAUGCACUGACACACCACGGAGCAUCACCCAACACCACCAACGUACGCGGUGAGACAGCUCUCCACAUGGCAGCCAGGGCAGGGCAGGCUGACGUAGUCAGAUACCUGCUGAAGAACGGAGCCAAGGUGGAGACCAAGUCCAAGGAUGACCAGACAGCGUUGCACAUCUCCAGUCGGCUGGGGAAAGUCGACAUAGUCCAACAGCUGCUGCAGUGCAGAGCAUCUGCCAAUGCUGCCACCACCUCAGGCUACACCCCCCUUCACCUGGCUGCCCGCGAAGGACACCAGGAUGUUGCUGCCAUGCUGCUGGAGAAUGGAGCCUCACUCUCCUCCUCAACUAAGAAAGGGUUCAGUCCCCUGCAUGUGGCAGCAAAGUAUGGCAAGAUGGAGGUGGCCAGUCUCCUCCUACAGAAGAGAGCCGCGCCUGAUGCUGCUGGAAAGAGUGGACUAACUCCACUGCAUGUAGCCGCUCACUACGAUAAUCAAAGAGUGGCACUGCUGCUGUUGGAUCAGGGAGCUUCCCCCCACGCUGCCGCCAAGAAUGGCUACACCCCACUCCACAUUGCUGCCAAAAAGAACCAAAUGGACAUUGGGACCACACUACUGGAGUAUGGUGCAGACACCAACGCGGUGACACGGCAAGGCAUCAGCCCCAUUCACCUGGCAGCGCAGGAGGGCAGCGUGGACCUGGUGUCACUGCUGCUGGCCAAGAACGCAAAUGUCAACGUGUGCAAUAAGAGCGGACUUACACCACUCCACUUAGCAGCACAGGAGGACAAGGUCAAUGUUGCAGAAGUCCUUCUCAACCACGGGGCUGAUGUCAAUCCACAAACAAAGAUGGGUUACACUCCGCUGCAUGUGGCUUGUCACUAUGGCAACGCAAAGAUGGCAAACUUCCUGCUGCAGAACCGUGCCAGAGUCAAUGGCAAAACCAAGAACGGGUACACUCCUCUACACCAGGCAGCUCAGCAGGGCCACACCCACAUCAUCAACCUGCUGCUUCAGCACGGGGCCUCGGCCAACGAGCUCACCGUGAAUGGGAACACUGCCCUAUCCAUCGCCCAUCGUCUCGGGUACAUCUCUGUGGUGGACACUCUGAGGCCUGUGACGGAUGAAAACCUGACUGCCAUGAGCACAUCAGAAAAACACAAAAUCAAUGUGCCAGAGACCAUGAACGAGUUCCUCGACAUGUCAGAUGAUGAAGGUGAGGAUGCGAUGACCGGGGACACGGACAAAUACCUGCGGCCUCAGGACCUCAGAGAGCUGGGGGAUGAUUCUCUCCCUCAGGAGGGGUACAUGGGUUUCAGCAUAGGAGCCCGCUCAGCCAGCCUCCGCUCCUUCAGUUCGGAUAGGUCCAAUACACUCAACCGGAGCUCGUUUGCACGAGACAGCAUGAUGAUUGAGGAGAUUCUGGCCCCCACAAAAGACACGCAUCUGGCUGUGACGAGAGACUACAGCUCAGAGUGUAUGCGGCGCUACAGCUGGACUCCAGACACCAUGGACCACAGCCACAACACUGUGUCCAGCCCCAUUCACUCUGGCUUCUCCUCCCCGCUCCCUCAGUAUGACUCCAGGUUCUUGGUCAGCUUCAUGGUGGAUGCCCGCGGUGGCUCCAUGAGAGGUAGCCGCCACAAUGGCAUGCGCAUCAUCAUCCCUCCCAGGAAGUGCACGGCACCCACACGCAUCACCUGUCGCCUGGCCAAAAGGCACAAGCUGGCCUACCCCCCUCCCAUGGUGGAGGGAGAGGGGCUGGUCAGCCGGCUGGUGGAGGUUGGACCAGCCGGGGCUCAGUUCCUCGGUCCUGUGAUUGUGGAGAUUCCUCAUUUUGGUUCCAUGCGGGGGAAAGAGAGGGAGCUGAUUGUGUUGAGGAGCGACAACGGCGAUACAUGGAAGGAGCACCAGUCUGAUACCAGACCAGAAGACCUUGCUGACCUGCUCGUUGGGAUGGAUGAAGAGCUGGACAGCCCUGCAGAGUUGGAGAAGAAGCGCAUUUGCCGAAUUGUCACCAGAGAUUUCCCUCAGUAUUUUGCUGUGGUGUCGCGGAUAAAGCAGGAGUCUAACCACAUGGGUCCUGAUGGAGGCAUGCUGUCCAGUAGCACUGUGCCCAUGGUCCAGGCGUCAUUCCCACAGGGGGCGCUCACCAAGAGGAUCCGUGUUGGCCUGCAGGCCCAGCCUGUACCAGAUGAAAUGGUGAGGGCGGUCCUUGGCAACAGAGCCACCUUCAGCCCCAUCGUCACUGUAGAGCCCAGGAGGAGGAAGUUCCACAAGCCGAUCACAAUGACAAUCCCUGUCCCACCUAGAUCGGCAGAAGGCCAUCCCAGCGGCCACCGAGGCGACUCUGCACCAUGCCUGCGUCUGCUGUGCAGUAUCACAGGGGGGACGUCCCCUGCCCAGUGGGAGGACAUCACAGGGACCACACCGCUGUCCUUUGUAACGGAUUGCGUCUCCUUCACCACAAAUGUGUCGGCCAGGUUCUGGCUCGCAGACUGUCACCAGAUUCCUGAGACGGUGAGUCUAGCGUCUCAGUUAUACCGGGAACUGAUCUGCGUGCCGUACCUGGCCAAGUUUGUGGUGUUCGCCAAGAUGAACGACAUCAUUGAGGCUCGGCUGCGUUGCUUCUGCAUGACAGACGAUAAGGUGGACAAGACCCUCGAGCAGCAGGAGAACUUUGAGGAAGUGGCCCGGAGCAAGGAUAUCGAGGUUCUCGAGGGAAAACCUAUCCAUGUGGAUUGCUAUGGCAACCUGUCCCCUCUCACCAAAAGUGGCCAGCAGUUGGUUUUUAACUUCUACUCCUUCAAGGAGAACAGACUUCCUUUCAAUGUGAAGAUCAGAGAUAUGGGCCAGGAGCCAUGUGGUCGCCUCUCCUUCCUGAGAGAGCCAAAAACCAUUAAAGGCCUUCCGCAGACGGCCAUAUGCAAUUUGAAUAUCACACUGCCAACUCACAAGAAGGAUAUGGAGUCUGAUCCUGAUGAUGAGACUGAAAAGCCAGAACGACGUCAUACCUUUGCCUCCUUAGCUUUGCGUAAGCGCUACAGCUAUUUGACCGACCCAGCAGCGAAAACAACUGAUCGAAGCUCGCCGAGAACACAGCCUUCUAGCUACCCUCACAAACCUGUCUUUUCAACGAGAUCUUAUCAGGCGUGGUCGCCUGUUCCUGUCGCCGUCCCUGGCCAAGCCAAGUCUGGGUUUGGCUCCCUCUCCAGUUCGUCAUCCAACACGCCCUCUGCCUCUCCAUUAAAGUCUGUCUGGUCCAUCAACUCUGCCUCCCCCAUCAAGACCAACAUUCCUGGAUCACCUGCCUCUUCUGUUAAAUCAGUUAGUGACAUGGCCUCUCCCAUCCGAUCUUACAGAACCAUCUCCUCUCCUAUAAAAACUGUAGUUCAACAAGCCCAGUACCCAACCCAGGUUAGCCCUAGUCCCCUGGCCUCACCAGCAAAAAGUGCCCCAGACCCUAUAUCCAUGAAAGGACUGGCAGCAUUAUCUGCUAGGACCUCCCCUAUAACUGUCUCUGGAGGAGGAAGCGCUCUUCUUGAGAGAACAUCCAUAGGCAUGACCCCACCAACCUCUCCCAAAUCUUCUCUGAGUAUGUUCAGUUCACCCCUACCAUACAAGACUGUUAUGGGGGGCUCUCCUGGCACAGCAUCUUCUUCCUCACCCAUAAAAACAGUCCCUGGUCUCUCCUCUGUGCGUUCCUUUGCUUCAGAUGUCACUGGCCCCGCAAGAAACUUGUUCUCAUCUCUUUCAUCACCGCUUAAAUCCAACACCUCUCCAAGUGCUGCAGCUCUGAUCAAUGGAACUGUGUCGCCUACACAGUACCGCUCUUCAUCCCCAACAUCUCUUCUCACCAGCAGUCUGCAAGAGAGAAUACAAGCAACCACCAAUGCUGCAACAACAAGUGUCAAUGCAGCUUUUGAUGAGGUUGAAAAAACAUUUAAUUCUUGCUCUGCAGGCUAUGGCACCUUGAAGUCCUUGUCCUCCUCUGCAUCAUCCUCAUAUCAGUCCAUGAGAUCAUCAGCUUCUAGUUCCCUUUAUGCCUCUCUAAGAUCGCCUCCUAAUGCCACCACUGCUGUAACGUCCAGCACAAUGACUGUUCCAGUGUACUCUGUUAUUAAUGUGCUGCCAGAGCCCCAAUUUAAGAAGUUACCUGAAGUGUCCAAGUCAGCUGCUGCUCUCCUGUCCCCUCGGAAGACAGUCCCCGCUGAGGUGAAUGCUCAGUUGCAGUCUUCCUUUGCCAGAACUCUUUCCCCCAUCAAAGCCCCUCUUUUUUCUGCUGGCCUGAAAUCAAGUACCACAUCACCACUAUCAUCCAGCCAAGAGAUUCUGAAGGAUGUAGCGGAAAUGAAAGAGGACUUGAUACGAAUGUCAGCCAUUUUGCAGACAGAUCCAAAUUCCACAGCCAAUAAAGGGUUUCAGUCUGAUUCUCCCAAAGAGGCUAAGAUAGAGGACGAGGAGCCAUACAGGAUUGUGGAGAAAGUAAAACAAGAUUUGGUAAAAGUGAGCGAAAUCCUCACUAAAGAUACUGCGAAGGACGGUAGGGUUUCCCUGGCAAGGGGUUCUUUGGAUGACAUACACUUCUCAAAAGUACAAGUUGAGCAACCACCAAGCAACUGGAGCUAUCCACCAAGAUAUGAGACUGUGGUUCCUCAAGCCAAAUCAAAAACAAUAUCAGAUAGAGAUUUCAAUCUCUCCAAAGUGGUUGACUACCUGGCCAAUGAUGUUGGUAGCAGCUCUUUCUCCAAAAUGCAUGACACAAAGCAUAAAGCAGAUGAGGGCAAGAGAGAAGGAGAGGGAAAAGAGAAGCAGAAACGUGUCCUAAAACCCACCAUAGCAGUUCAAGAGCAAAAGCUCAAAAUGCCUCCAACAAACAUGCGCUCUUCAGCUUCAGACAAAGAGAUCAGUAAAGUAGCGGAUGCGCUUUUUGGAGCAGACACUGUGCUAGAAUCCCCUGAUGAUAUCUCACAUGAACAGGAUAAAAGCCCCCUCUCAGACAGUGGCUUUGAGACCAGGAGUGAAAGGACACCUUCUGCCCCUCAGAGUGCAGAAGGCAUGGGUCCCAAGGCUCUUUUUCAGGAUAUCCCAGUCCCACCAGUGAUCACUGAGACUAGGACUGAGGUUGUCCAUGUAAUCAGGAGCUAUGAGCCCCCAGAGGAUAACAGACAGCCUGCAAUGGAGGAUGCACAUCCGGUCAGAUAUAUUGAUUCAGAUUCUAAAGGGCAUUUGAAUCAAGCUACAUCAGCCUCCGAACAGAAUAAAUGCUACUCAAUAAAAGUCAGCCCUGAGGAGGAUCCAAUGGGGAAAGGGGUGAGGGUAAAGGAAGAGACUCACAUCACUACCACCACCAGGAUGGUGUACCACAAACCACCUGGCAAAGAGGCACCAUCUGAGAGGUGUGAAGAAACUAUGUCUGUGCAUGACAUAAUGAAGGCUUUUCAGUCAGGCAAAGACCCUUCUAGAGAACUGGCUGGACUGUUUGAACACAAAUCUGGCAAUGAGGAAACAUCACAGAGAGUCCUCGAGGACAUCAACUCUAAACCUAAAGUUGAAAGAAUAAUUGAGGUUCACAUCGAAAAAGGCAAUAAAACAGAACCAACCGAGGUCAUCAUCAGAGAGACAAAAAACCAUGCAGAGAAGGAAAUGUACUACUACCCAGGGAAUAGACAGGAAGAUGAGGAGCCUGAAGAAUCACUUCCAGUGUACCUUGACUCCCCCAGAGUGAACACACCCAUGUCACAAGAGGAAGACAGUCGCCCUAGUUCAGCCCAGCUCAUGGCAGAUGACUCUUACAAAACACUCAAGCUACUUAGCCAGCAAUCUGUAGAAUACAAUGAAGAUGAAUCAUCAGAGCUUAGGGGAGAAUCUUAUAAUUUUGCAGAAAAAAUGCUGCUCUCUGAGAAAUUUGACCAGUCUCAUUCUGACACAGAGGAAUAUCUGAGAGAUAGGUCUCGCUUCCACUCACCAGACAGAAGCAGUCACAGUGAGGGUAGAGCAGUUGGGCCAAGGACAGAGUAUGUCUUCAGGUCACCGAGAAAUGUAUUUGACAAAUCUGGAAGAAUGGCCAGUGUUGAUGACAACUUUGACAAACUGACACUUCUGCAGUAUUCUUCUGAGCCUGGUAGCCCAAAGCAAUCUGUUUGGAUGCGUGUGUCAGAUGACACACCAAGUAAGAACAGAGAACAGCUUAUGUAUGAGGACAGAGUGGACAGGACUGUAAAAGAGGCAGAGGAGAAACUCUGUGAGGUGUCUCAGUUCUUUCGUGAUAAAACAGAACAGCUCAAUGAUGAGCUCUCAUCUCCAGAGAAGAAAUCUCGAAGACCAGACUUUAGAGAAUCGCGAUCAGGUCCGAGCUCUACACACAGCAGUCCAGAGAGGUCAGCUUACAGAAAUGGGGGCAGUGGGGAAGAGUGGAGCAGAGAAAGACUUAGAGACAGGUUCAGCUCCACUGACAGGAAAUGUGCUAGUUUACCCAGCAGUCCAGAGAGGAGAGUACUGCUUCAGUACAGUGAUUCAGACCCAAGAAAACAAGGAGAUGGUAAAUCACAGGCAAGCACAGGUGAAAGCUCUAAACCUUAUCAAAUGUCUUCCUCCAAAGUGAGUGCAGUCAGGCUAAAGUUUGAGCAAGAGGCUCAAAGGCAAGACAGGAGUCAUCAUGGUGGCCAAAAUUCAAAUCCACCUAUUAGGAAACUCCAGGAAAGUAAGCUACCUGUAUAUCAGGUAUUUGCUGGUUCAAAUAUUCCAAAAACACCAGACAGUCCGGGAAACCAGAGGCGAUGUCUAGAGAGUGAAUCAAAUAAGUCCUCACCCAAGCAUGAGACCAGUGGAAAAGAUCAGGAGGAGAAAAAGUUAUUUAAGGCUUGGGAGAGCCAGGGGUAUGGGAGCUAUAAACCCCAGUCUCCCAAACUAUCCCAUUCUUUAAUCCAUGAUUCUAUGAAAGAUGGAAAUAAUAGUGAUUCCCAAAGACAAGAAACGACCAAGAAAAUAAUAUACACUGAAUUUGUCGUUCGAGAAAGUCCAAAUAGCAAUGAUAGUCUAAAAAAAAACUCGGAAUCACAAAUUCCUGUUAGAAAGCCAUCUAAUUUCUCGGAAAAUCACAAAUCCACCUCUUUAAAAUUAGAUGCCUCUGUUGAACCAUAUGAGAGGUCAGGGUCUCAUAUACCUACUUUAGCUAGAAAUCGGUUGCACAGUAGCUCUGAAUCCAACAAGUCCACUCGUGGAUCAUCAGUAGGACAAUCGACAGACUCAUCAGACGGUAGCCAGUCAAAUGUAGUUUGUAAUGGUGUUGAUAGCAACCAAGUAGAAUAUUUGGAUCAAGUAACUCCUGUAGUUGUCACAGAGGGUUUCAAAGAUAUUAAACCCUUACCUGUGUAUGUCAGCAUCCAAGUGGGAAAGCAGUAUGAGAAAGAAACAGCCUCUGGGCAGCUGGGAACAUACAAAAAGAUAGUAAGCCAUGAGAGUAGAACAGUGCAUGAGACAAGGGGUGCAUUUUACUCUGUCAAACAAAAACAGUCUCCAUCUCCUCAAGGAAGUCCAGAGGAUGACACUCUAGAACAAGUGACUUUCAUGGACAGCUCUGGGAAAAGUCCUGUUACCCCCGAGACCCCCAGCUCAGAGGAAGUGAGUCUGACCUCAAGAACACCAGACUCUGUGAUAGGCUUCAUGCCUGGCAUGCCAAGCCCUAUCCCAGAGGAGUCUGAGGAGGAAGAAGGAAAGACCUUCAUCUACAAGGAGCCCUCUAAGGAAAAAUCUAAGCCAGCCUCCACAGAGAAUCACAGUAAAAAACAGGAUGCAGAGAGACAGAAGUCAAAGGAGAAAAGAGUGGCUUAUAUAGAGUUUCCACCUCCUCCUCCUUUAGAGACAGAGCAGUCCGACCCUGAGAGAAAGGGGUCAUGUGCUUCUUCUGAGGCAGAGACAGAGAUGAUGGAGGUGAACCUUCAAGAGGAGCAUGAUAGGCACCUCUUGGCUGAACCGAUCAUUAGGGUCCAGCCUCCAUCCCCUAUUCCCCCUGGUGCUGAUAACAGCGACUCUAGUGAUGAUGAGUCUGUUUUCCAUCCCAUCCCUAUCAAAAAGUACACUUUCAAAAUGAAAGAGGAGGGAGAGAAACGCCCAAAACACAAACGAUCAGAGAAAAACGGAAAUAACAAGGAGUCUGGGAUCAAUGGUGUAGUAAAGGGGGAGGAUGCUGACUGUGAACAAAAUGGCAAUGACCAGUCAAUCACUGACUGCUCUAUAGCAACCACUGCAGAGUUCUCCCAUGAUACCGAUGCAACCGAAAUAGACUCUUUAGAUGGGUAUGACCUUCAGGAUGAGGAUGAUGGACUGAGCGAGGAUCCUAAAACAUCAAGUCUGUCUAAUGAUGGAAAAACAACCGACCGCUCAUUUAAUCAGUCCAAGCUUGAAGUGAUAGAGGAAGAGAAAUGUGAAGAAGGGGGGGAUAAUGGAAAGACUAAAACCAGCACAUCAUCCGUAAAAAGCAGUGGAGAUGAAAAAGAUUAUACCCUUGAAGGAAGACAUCCAGAUAGGCAGGGCUUUGGGGAAAACUACUUUGCCUACCAACUUGAAGAGGAGUUGAAUUCAACCUUUAAAACUGUUGCCACUAAAGGCCUGGACUUUGACCCCUGGUCCACCAAAGGGGGUGACAAUGAGGGAGUUUUUGAGUCCAAAACAAAAGAGGAUGACCCCAAGCCCUUUGGUUUAUCGGUGGAGGACAAAUCACAGGCUACAACACCUGACACAACCCCCGCUCGAACACCAACUGAUGAGAGCACACCGACUAGUGAGCCUAAUCCCUUCCCUUUCCAUGAAGGGAAGAUGUUUGAGAUGACCCGCAGUGGUGCUAUUGACAUGAGCAAGCGGGACUUUGUUGAAGAGAGGCUUCAGUUUUUCCAGAUUGGUGAGCAUUCCUCUGACCCUAAAUCAGGGGAGAAGGGGAGAGGGGGCAAGAUCCUGGGGGUAAUUUCCUCUCAGUCAAAAACAGGGGAGAGGGCCACAGUAGAUGGGAAAAUGAAGGUUAUAGAUACUACCACAGACAGCAGCACUACACCAACAACACCAGCAGCAACAACAGCAAAAUGCAGCCCUGCACAGCCUGGCAGUGACACUGGCUAUACCGGUACUGAUGUCCCCACCUGUGAAGCCAUAGCUGAGACCGCCUCCUCAUGUACAAUCACAGCCUCUAAGGUUGAUCCCAAAUUACGCACUCCUAUUAAGAUGGGCAUAGCCGCCUCUAUAACUGUGAAAAAAGACUCAGGGGAUCUCACAGAUUGUAAAGCUGAGAUGUCGGAGGGUCAGAUGGUGCCAGAAUACAUUAGUAUAGAGGGUCAGUGUUCAGAGAGUCAGUCUAGCAGACACACUGAGCCCAAGUUAGAGAGAAGAGAUUACCCUUCUGAAAACUGCAACAACAACAAUAACCUCGAGUCCUCCAGUGUUCAGGCCAACUACAUUCAGUGUGGUAGUGUGGUGUUCAAUUUGCAGUCCUCCUCUGAGCCCACUCUUCAAAAAGCUAGCAGGAUAGAAACACUGUGCUGUAGGGAUUUAGAAGAGAGAGUGGAUGUACACAACAGCAAUCAAGUGCAAGACCAGAAGAGUGAAACAGUUAAAGAAAGUGAAGUGAAGCAGCCCAAGUCGCGGCUUCCAGUUAAAGCAUCAGGAUGGUCAUUUCACACACAGGGAACAGCCAUAGGCAAACAGAAGCCCAAACAAGCAGUGAAAGUUGAGGUCAGGAAAAGAGGAGAGCCAGCCAUAGCCAAAGUAGAGCCCAGGUCUAGAAUACCAAUCAAGGAUGUUAAAAAGAACAGCCCCACUGCUGCAGCUAGCUCACUUGUUUCAGUUCGGGUAGCCUCACAGCCAACGAGGGCAUUGAACUCAGAGAGAGCAUCCAUUCAGUUGCCAUCAAGGUUACCACUGAAGGACAGGCAUCAGGUCAACAGUGUCACAAGUGAGGGAGUAUGUAGACAGGACAGACAAGAAAACCCAAGUGAAAUUUGUAAGCGCACCAUCGAAUACUUUAAAGACAUUAGCGGGGAGACGCUAAAGUUGGUGGACCGCCUGUCAGACGAGGAGAAAAAGACGCAGACAGAGCAGUCGGAGGAGGACAGCACCUCCCGGAGCACCUCUCUGUCGGACGCCUCCCAGCCUUCCCAGCCCUCCCAGCCCUCCCGCUCAUCCAGGUCUGGUAGAGGUUCGAGGGCUGAGGCCGGGGCCGCGUCCGUAAGGGCAAAGGUGGCGACGACGGACAGGGCCUCCGGCAGUGAGAGGAGCAGGAGGAGUAGGCGGACUGGUGGGAAGGAGGGCAGUCAGGGACUCACAGGGUCUCGAACGCCUCCCAUCGCGGAGAUCAAGCCUAGUCCCCAAAGUCCUUGUGAGCGAACGGACUUGCGCAUGGCUAUUGUUGCAGAUCACCUGGGACUCAGUUGGACAGAGUUGGCUCGAGAGAUGAACUUCACAGUGGAUGAGAUCAACCACAUCAGACUAGAGAACCCCAACUCUCUGACAGCACAGAGCUUCAUGCUACUUAAGAAAUGGGUCAGUCGGGAAGGGAAAAACGCCACAACGGAUGCCUUAACUGCAGUGCUGACCAAAGUCAAUCGGAUGGAUAUUGUGACUUUACUGGAGGGCCCAAUAUUUGACUAUGGUAACAUUUCAGGCACAAGAUGUUUUGCCGAUGAUAACGCUGUUUUCCGGGAUCAGGCUGAUGAUUAUCAGAGCAUUCUAGCGGAGCUGCAGUCCCCCGCUGCACUGCACUCUGACCCCCACUUCCUGGAGCCCGAACUUCCCAUCACCCCAAACCCCUCCCUAGCUCAUCACCAAUCAGAACCAGACACCCCUUUGCUGGCUGACUCCCAGCCUCAGCCCUUGCCGUGGGGCCCGGAGAUAGAGCCCAGUAGUGGAGAGCCAGACAGCCCUCCUAGGAGCCCCCCAAGACCCUGUGAGCUUGCCCUGUCCUUCCCAGCCUUUCAACUCCCUGAUCCAGUUCCUUCCAAGGUCAGAAAGCCCCACAUUGCGCUGAAUGACCAGCUACUUUUGAGUGAGGAGGAGGACAGGUCUUCUCAUGAAAUGGAGCUGAGCCACAAGCCCAAGUCACACUCCUUCCCUGCAAUGUGUGAGUUAGACAUUGACAUGGCUUACUCCACAUCUUCCCCUUCACCAUCAUCAGUAUCAUCAAUAACCCCUUCAUCGCCUGACAGAGUACAAGAAGGAGAUGCAGGAGAGCAGAUGGGUGCCCCCAAUGGGGUACAGGAGGAUAUAGGUUUGAAAGGAGGUGAAAAGGAAGUGACAGAAGAAAUAGAGAAGGUUGCUGAGAUGGUUGCAGCAGAGGGAAAUGGAUUAGUGGAAAAGUGGGUAGAGCAGGACCUGAUUAAAAAUGUGGAAAGAAAAUGUGAGAUGAUAACAAAAUAUAGUUCUAAGUUGGCAGAGGAAAAUAACAUUUUGGUAGAACAAAAGGAGGGGUCUGCAGAAGAAGAGAAAGAUGUGAUAAAUGAGCAGCAUGUCCUUGUUCAUGAUGGCAAUAAGGGGACAGCCUGUGAGGUGGAGGAGGUGAGAGAUGUGCAGAGUCUGUCAGAAGAACAGCAUAAUCUGAUAGAAACUGGGCAUGAAAUAGAAAAAGUUUGUACCACUAUGGAGGCAGUGACUGUUCAAGAGGAUAUUGAUGAAAAACCAGAGGUACAGAAGGCGGAUGGGGGCAGUGAGGAAAGGGUCUAUGAGGGUGACAAAAUGGAUAACACAGAUGGAGAACUGCAGCUUAAGGAUGAAGGAAGGAUGUGUGGCAGUGAAAGAGAUAAUUGCGGCACAUUGGAAGGUGACCAAGAAGGGGAACAGACAUCCGAGGACCACACCAUAGCCCGUCUCUCCCCUCAGGCCUGGGAUGAGGCACUUGGAGAACUUCAGUCCAGUGAGUCUGGAUCCAAUGAGGAAGAGGAGGAGGGACAUGGAGACAAACAAAUCAAAGAAGAGGCAUUAGGAUCUCUGUUGGAGGAGGUGAAGAAAGAAGGCUCAGAGGACAAGGAGAAGGACGAAGAGAUGACAGAGGCCAGGGUUCAGGAGAUUCUUGAUCAGGUUGAACAGGCAGAAAAAGACGUGUGUUCAUUUUCAGGCUGGCACAGUGAUUCAUCCAGCGUCAAUGUGGAACCACCAACACCAGGCCGCAGCGUCAGCUCAGACCUGCUCGACAGACGGGAAAGCCAAGAGAACUCUAGUGACUCCAUCACUUCCUCGUCUAGGGGCGAAUCAGGGAGGUCCCGACACAACGGCGACAGCUCAAAGCACUCACCUCAGGACGGCUCCUCUGAGUCAUCAAAUGGCAGAAAGGAGGAGGGAGCACUGGUGUCAGAGAAAAAAGUCCAGCAGCGGGUUAGUGUAGAUUCCGGUUCAGAGGAAGAACAGACUGUAACCACCAAAAUCUUCAGACGCCGUCUCAUUUUAAAGGGAGAAGAAGCGAAAAAUAUCUCAGGCGAAACUGUUACAGAGGAGCAUUAUAUGGAUAGAGAUGGUAACCUCAUCAGUAGAAAAGUAACGUAUAACUUAAUUUUCAUUUCCCAUCCAGCUCUGAAAUCAAACUUACCACAGGUAGAGUGGCUUGAUGUUUUUACAAAAGUAGGUGAAAUCUUUUCUUCCUUUGUCGACAUCCUUCUGCCUUGGGCAGGUAAUCAGGAAGGUUAUUCGCAGAGUUUCUACUCCCACACCAGAAAACCAAGGAGGUGACACGUGGCACCAAGACCUUCAGCACAGUCCCAUUCUGCAGGAAGACGGGUCUGAGCAAGGAGAAGUUUCAAGGAAUAGCAGGCGAAAGGAUGAGAGAAGGCCGGGGGAUAAGAAGCUCCACUCGUAGGGAUGGUUGUGCUCUACUAG